CCUCUUUUCUCGGUGCUGCACAGCGAUGGCGGCGACGUCGCAGUGCGUCGCGCGAUGCGCAAGACCUGUGCCCGAAGGUUGUCCGCAACGCCCGUCCCGGUCCCCGGUAUGCAAGUGCUGGGACAUCACCCAGACGGUUCCCUGUUGGAGACCGUUCCACCGACAUGUUCCAAGCUUGGCCGCCGUCCACAGUACCGCCGCUCCAAUUCUCAAUGAGCUGCCCAGACCACUCUCGACCUCGCCCCCGCACCUGACAGGAGUUGCCAUGUAUGACACAAAUAUUCUCAAGGGCAAGCCGUUCUUGAAGGUCGAAUAGAUCACUA